GCCAUUAAAUGUUUUGUUGUUGACCAAAUUCGACACUCUUAUUGACCUCCAUACAAAAACUCCAUGUUUGGUGGGCGAAAAAACGACACAUGCUGGAGGGAAACAGAUUUUCCGCCGAGUUUUCUUCCUCUGUCGGAUGUGCAGUCCGUCAAAUCGAAGGCACUCCUUCAAUAUAAAAUUGUUGAAAAUGUUUGAGUAAUACCAUGUUCGCCUAUUUAAGACAUAUGCUCGAAUCUAGGAUGUGCCUUUAUGUUUCGAGAAAAUGAACGACUAAGGAAUCGUUUUUCACUUCUCUCAUUGACUUGUCAAACCCCGGUUUGGUCUGUUUCGCAAGAUGAAGUCUCGCGAUGUUGCGACUCUGGAUUUAGAAACUCUGCAGCCAGACUGCCCAAAGCGAAGAUUUUACAAAACGUCUUUCACGCUGGUUCGAUUUGUCAUUCCCUGCUCGCCGUACAGAAACAAUCGGACUGCGUCUUUAGUGUUUUCUUACAGCGCAAACGUGGGGUAUUUUUCAUGUAUUUGGGGAAAUAAAGUUGGCCAAAACAGCAUUUAACAGGCUACAGUAGCAACCCAUAACAUAACACAAUAAAAUGGAGACAGAACACCGGUCUAAAAAGAGACCCUGUGGGGAUGAGAAGUCCGGAUCAGAUCAUCCUUCUGAAGAGGAUGACUAUGUCCCAUACGUACCUGUCAAAAUCAGAAAGCAUCACAUGCAACUGAAGAUGCUGCGUCUGCGAGGGAAGGUGGUAGAGGAUGAGCAGAAGGAUAGUGGAGGAGAGCAGAGAGAUGAGGACGAGGGUCUGGGACCACGCUCUAACGUCUCCCUGCUGGAUCAACACCAGGUCCUAAAGGAAAAGGCUGAAGCUCGUAAAGAGUCAGCCAAGGAGAAGCAGCUGAAAGAAGAACAGAAGAUUCUGCAGAGUGUGGCAGAGGGAAGAGCUCUCAUGUCGGUGAAGGAAAUGGCCAAAGGAAUCAUCUAUGACGACCCCAUCAAAACAAGUUGGUUGGCUCCACGGUACAUCCUGAACAUGCCCCCUGCAAGACACGACCGCGUCAGGAAGAAGUACCACAUCCUGGUCGACGGUGACGGUAUCCCUCCGCCGAUCAAGAGCUUCAGGGAGAUGAAGUUCCCACAGGCAAUCUUGAAAGGUCUGAAGAAGAAGGGAAUUGUUCACCCUACACCCAUUCAAAUCCAGGGAAUUCCAACCAUUCUCUCAGGCCGGGAUAUGAUCGGUAUCGCCUUCACAGGGUCAGGGAAAACUCUGGUGUUCACCCUCCCCAUCAUCAUGUUCUCUCUGGAGCAAGAGAAGAAACUGCCCUUCUGUAAGAGUGAAGGACCCUACGGUCUCAUCAUCUGUCCUUCAAGAGAGUUGGCUAAACAGACCCACACCAUCAUCGAGUACUACUGUAAACUGCUGGAGGAAGAAGGGGCUCCACAUAUGAGAUCAGUCCUCUGUAUAGGAGGCAUGUCUGUCAAAGACCAGAUGGAGGUGGUCAAACAUGGUGUCCACAUGAUGGUGGCGACCCCCGGCCGUCUGAUGGACCUGUUGCAGAAGAAGAUGAUCAGUUUGGAUAUCUGUCGUUAUCUGGCUCUAGACGAGGCUGACAGAAUGAUAGACAUGGGCUUCGAAGAAGAUAUCAGAACUAUCUUCUCCUACUUUAAGGGCCAGAGACAAACUCUUCUGUUUAGUGCCACCAUGCCCAAGAAGAUCCAAAACUUUGCCAAGAGUGCCCUGGUCAAACCCAUCACCAUCAACGUGGGCCGGGCCGGCGCUGCCAGCUUGGACGUCAUUCAGGAAGUGGAGUAUGUGAAGGAAGAGGCUAAAAUGGUUUACCUGCUGGAGUGUCUACAGAAGACCCCUCCUCCGGUGUUGAUGUUUGCUGAGAAGAAAGCAGACGUGGACGCCAUUCAUGAAUAUCUCCUGCUAAAAGGAGUGGAGGCUGUGGCUAUCCACGGAGGAAAAGACCAGGAGGAGCGUACCAAGGCCAUCGAGGCCUUUAAGGAAGGGAAGAAGGAUGUGUUGGUAGCUACUGAUGUGGCGUCUAAAGGUCUGGACUUCCCUGCUAUACAGCACGUGGUCAACUAUGAUAUGCCAGAGGAGAUAGAGAACUAUGUCCACAGGAUUGGUAGAACCGGUCGAUCAGGGAAGACUGGGAUCGCCACCACUUUCAUCAACAAAGGCUGUGAUGAGUCCGUGCUGAUGGAUCUGAAGGCCCUGCUGAUAGAGGCCAAGCAGAAGGUUCCUCCUGUUCUUCAGGUCCUACAGACAGGAGACGAGACCAUGCUGGAUAUCGGAGGAGAGAGAGGCUGUACGUUCUGUGGUGGUCUGGGUCAUCGUAUCACAGACUGUCCCAAACUGGAGGCCAUGCAGACCAAACAGGUCACCAAUAUCGGACGCAAAGACUACCUGGCACACAGCUCCAUGGACUUCUGAGUUUACUUCACGGAAUACUCAAAAUACUGUCACCUACUUAAUGCUGUGCCUGGUUUGUUUUGCCAGGUACAAUGGGGACAAAUUGGGAUUGUCCCAAAAGGAUUGUUCCAAGUGCACGUCAAAUAGUAUUUGAGAUAGGAUUUUGACCCAGCAGGUCCGCUUGAUAUACAUGGCUCUGUGAGACUGACAUGUUUGGGAUGCCCUUGCUUCUCAGAGCAUUCGUGGAAUAGAGGAAGUAACAUGUAUUUUUUAUUGUUGCCCAACAUUGUCCCCCGGGGCUGAUAAGAUAAAGACAGAAUCGCUCUGUAUGUAUAAAAGGUUUAACUAUUUUUCUGCAACUCUCUAUUUCUCUUAUCUGUUUUAUUAUUUUCUGUUUUGUAUUAAAAAUUAAAUAAAAUUUCACUGCAACGUUAAUAAAUCAAUUUUACGAACCACA